CACCUUUAAAGAGAAAUAAUGAAAUUUUAAGUUUAUAAAGUAUCGAGUACUUUUUGUUUGCAUGUGACCGUUGCACAAGUAUCUAAACAGAGCUGCAAAUUCAAACAUGAUGGCAACUCCACAAAAAAUGCCCGCGCAUAAGAUAAAGCAAAAAAUAUGUGAGCACUGUCAAUGUGAGUGAAAGAGCACACUCUAUGAACCACAGCUGUCGAACGAAAGAGCUGCCAAGACAAACACGCGCUAGCCGAAGAGAACCGUUCGUUCAGUUGGCCAGCUCAGUUUCCUCAAGUUUAGUUGCUGAAAUUAACAGAAAUUGUCAAAAAUAAAAUGUCGACAUCGGGACGUAAACGCAAGCAGCAACUGAAACCCCGUCAGGAUGUGCACAGGUCGCCAAUGAAGCGUCAAAGUCUCGAUGUGAAAACAGAGCCGCUACUUGCAAACAGUUAUCCAUUGGCAGACUACGAUUGUGUGGACGUUAAGCCCGACCUGACCGAAUUACAGCUGCAACUGUCCGUUGCGCCGCCAACGGCAGCAAGUGCAACCACAACAACGUCAGCAGCUGAUACCGCCGAAGACAUCAAAACAGACCAGGAUCUGCAGCAAAGCGAUUCCGAUGAUGAUGGCUACUCAGAGAUUCAUUUCGGAACGCGCGACGUAUAUUGCCAAGAUGAAUUGGAUGACUAUGAUGCGGAGUGGUCGGUGCAACAGACAACGCCACGCCUUAUCUUCAAAUUCACUACUCCAAAUCAACAAACGGGCCUCAAAAAUGUUCGCAAAUCCGCCUGCCCGAUGCACUAUUUCAACCAACUGCUGGGCAAUCGCGUCGAGUUUUUCGCUCAGCUCGCCAGCAAUUGCAAUGCGAGAAACGCGACACUAGCUGCCAACGGCGAAGAGCUCGAAACAUUUGUGGGCCUCUGUCUGCUGAUAUGUGAUGUGAAGCUGCCGCAGCUUAGUGACUAUUGGAGCAACAAUAUGUUUCAUGGCUUUGUUGGCUACGCCCUGAAGAUGAAGCUGCAACGUUUCAUCGAACUGCUGCAAUCACUGAACUUCGAUCAGUUGGCCGGAAAUACAAAUAUCACACAUGUUGGAGGAGAUGCCGGCAAGCUGGUAAACUUUUUCAACGCCCGCAUGUCUGAGCUGUAUGUCUGUGGCCAGCCAUUGGUUCUUAACGAGCCCAUCAUCCACUGGAAGGGCAGAUUCAACUACCAGAACGAACUGCCCGACAGAUAUCGCAGCAAUGCGCUGAUGCUGCAUUUGCUCAGCGAACAGAGUGGCCUUAUUGUGCGCAUUAUGCCCGAGUUUGUAGAGCAGCAGUUGGCACGAAACUCUCGCCAAUUGGUGGUACAGCGCAGCCAGCUGGCGCUGCAGUUGCUGCAGGAUCAUCUAAAGCUGGGACACAGUGUUUACGUGUGCAAGUACUAUGGCAGCUAUGGCUUGGCACACGAGCUAUCUAAGCUGGGCACCUACUGCAGCGGACUACUGGACAGGAAUCGGUACGGCAACAGUAAAGCAUUGGUGCAUCAACAGCUGGCAUCGAACAGCAUCUCCACCAGAUAUGCGACCGUCACGCCAUUGAUGAUGGCUAAGUGGCGGCGUCGCGAGAAAUGCGUCUAUUUCUACAGCUCCGACUGUUUGGCUAUCUAUGCCAAAGAGAUGUCCAUGCAAAAGAUUAACGCUCGUCCCAAACUGAUUCAGCAGCUAGACUUUCAUCUGCGUCCCACGCAAUCAACGCGUCAGCAGCUAAUCAACUAUCAGCCCGCUUGCUCUGGUCUGCAGCGACAGCAACAGCUGAUAGUCUAUUUGCUUAACAUGGUGAUGUUUAAUGCCCACCUUCUAUACAUGGCCAAUGCACAACCGUCGCGCGGGUUUUCCAGUGCCCAGGAUGCCACUAAACUAAAAACUUAUGCAGAGUUUCGAGUGGCGAUUAUCAAGUCAUUAUUGAAAGAGGACACCGUAGGAGCUGUUCCACGAACAACCGAAAAUCAACCGGUUACUCCAACAAAUAUAACAACAAUCACCGCCAAAUCGAAGCCAGUGAAGACACCACCUUCAGUUCGAACAGUACCCGAGUUCAAGUUAAUGGAAGUUAAACAUGAAUUGGUGCCCAUUAAUAGUAGCCAGCCAAUGACAACGACGACAACGCAGCGUGUGCGCAAGAAUUGUCAACAUUGCAACAAGGGCGGUAUGCUGCAAUUCACGAAGUUCAUGUGCAACCUCUGCCCCAACAAUCCAGGACUCUGUCAGGAUCCAUGCUUUCAACUGUGGCACGAACAGCUCAAAGAUCAACCUUAAACAUUUUCAAAAUUAUUGGCAAAUACAAACGAAACUAAACUGCGUCGACUUCUGUUGUUCGCUUCAG